CUUAUCGCCAAUCGGAACCGCAAUGCGUCAUGGGAUAGAAAAGGGGGCACUACUAGCGCCGCCGCCGCGCGAGCGGUUAGCAGACACUGUUGACGCAGAAAAAUUGUUGUUUGCUAUUAAAGUAUUAUAUGGUUUUCAUCAUGCCAGGCGGCGAUCAUUGUGCUGUUUUUGGUUGUAAAAAUGACCGGAGGCAUCCUGAAAGGAAUAUUCUGAAAGACCACAUCAAUACGCUACGUUUUCAUUCAUGCAAGAAGAAAUAUUGUGCCACGUGGACACGCCUCUUGCAUAGGGAUGGCUUUAAAGUAACAACAACGACUAAGGUGUGCAGCAACCAUUUCCUGCAUGGCCAACCAUUUUCUGAUGAACCCCAUCCAACUCUUUACAUGAAGGGCUAUAAUGAAGUGCAGACAACGCCCAGACGACCACCACCUCAGCGGUCUUACAUGUCAACUCCAAGAGCAAGGCCGAAGACAAGAACUGCAACUCAUAGGUCUAUAGGUAUUCAAGUUGAUCCAUCUCUGUUUGAAGAUAUUGUUGCUGACGACCACAAUUACUGUCGUCCUGCAUUCAGAAACAAGUUAUUUAGUGUGGAGUGGGUUGCACACCUAGAAGAUGAAAUCAACAAAUUAACUGUGAAUUGUGAUCAGCUCAAGAGCCAGUAUUUGCAAGCCAAGGACACCAUCGCAAAACUGGAAGCUGCCAUUGCAAUAUUUAACAAGAAGAUUACUGUUUCGGACAUAGCAAACUGUGAUGACCUUGUGAAACUUUAUACAGGUUUACCUAGUUACAACCUGUUUAAGUGGUUAUUAGCAGAAGUAUCUCCUCAUGCACAGAGCCUUCAUUAUUAUAAGGGGAAAUUAUCAGCAGACGACAAGACCUGGCAAAUAAACAAUACAACAAAACCAGGAUUGAAGCGAUCUCAAUCUCUAGAGGAUCAACUACUCAUGACACUCAUGAAGCUUCGGCUUAAUCUUCAAGAGGACGACCUUGCAUUUCGCUUUGGAUUACGACAAAGCUCCGUCUCCCAAGUUUUGUCCACUUGGAUUCCACUGUUGGCAAAGGAGCUGGCUGCUUUCAUCCACUGGCCAAGCAAAGAAGGCACUAUGAAGUACUACCCAGCAUGUUUUCACAAGUAUAAGGGCACUGUAAGAUGCAUAAUCGACUGCACUGAAAUCCAAAUAGAUAGACCUUCCCUGGCAGCAUCCAACUCACAAGUGUACAGCCAAUAUAAGUCAAGACCAACUCUCAAGUGCCUUGUUGGUAUUACACCUAGUGGAACAAUUUCAUACAUUUCCAAACCUACAGGAGGCAACACAUCAGACAAAAAAAUUGUAAAGAUGACAAACAUUGUAGACAAGUUCGAGCCCGGUGAUAUUUGUAUGGCCGAUCGAGGUUUCAACAUCCAGGAACUGUUCUUGCAUAAGCAGGUGCGACUUGUCAUCCCACCAUUUCAGCGUACAACAAACAGCACAUCCCAAUUUACAGAGUCUGAGGAUAUCAACACAAAGACUGUAGCCAAUGCUAGGAUACAUGUUGAACGGGCAAUAGGUCGGCUCAAGGAGUUCCAGAUCCUACAGGGUCCAAUUCCUUUGAAUAUGAUUGACUUGAUGGAGUCGGCACUUGUAGUAUGUGCUGCUUUGGUCAAUCUGCAGCCUAUUUUGGUACCAUUAUCGUCAUAA